AUGGCCGCUGCUACCCAGCCCCGGCCGUACAGGCGGAUUCUAACCUCGGCGCUGCACCGGCGAUUUGUGCACGCAUCUGCACUCUCACUCCUUGUUUGCUAUGUCGUCUCAAUUGCAAUUGGCAGCAAGUCAUCGCUCCUCUGGGCAUGGUUCCCUAUCGGCGCAUGCGGGCUACGCGCGUUCCUCCUCUUCAUUUCACCACUCAUCAUAUUCGUUCUCCGCGUCGGCCAGAUGCACCUCGGCUCAAGAACAACACCAUCCUCCCUCAGCACCUUCAGAUAUUUGUUUCCGCUUCAAGUUGCCAAAACCUUUUGCUGUUAUCUUUUCUCGGCUUGGUUGUUUACUGAGGUCUACCUUUGGUCUUCCUCGACAGAUGCACAUCUUGAAAUGGUGAAACGGGGCAGACCGCACGAGCGACCUCAUCUGAAUGAGAGGCCUAUUUACAUCCACACCUACCACCUCCUGUUGGCCUGUACCCAGGCUGUGGUCCACCUCUACUAUGAUUAUGAUCAGAUUCCCAUUCCUGUCACACUACGAUCCUCGAAGUCAACCGAUGAGCGCACACACCAAGUUCUGCCGACCUCGAAAUAUAUCCAGACGGCCCUUCCGCAGAAGGUCAAGUGUGGUCUCGCGAUGAGCGUGACUGUCGCGGGUGCUACUCCGUUCCUGUACCUUCUAUUUCUCCGCCAGACUAAUCUUUUCUUUGCUAUAUUCCUUGGCAAGGAGCCUCUGAAGCGUGGCCAGCCGCUCACGGCGGAUUCGAAAGACCCCAAUGGCAGUUUGCUCUCUGGUCUUAAGGCAAAGAAGCAUAUUGUCAAGGCUUUUGCUCUAUGGGAACUCGGUCUUAUCAGUCAGCGUCAGCCUGACCGUCGGAAGACAAUCUUCAACGAAAUUGACCGCGACAACGGCUCCACUUGGAGCCAGAUUCUGGGUAGCAUAACAGAGGAGAUCCAGGGUAUCAACACACGAAUUGAGGCCAGCAAGGCUCCUAAGCCUGGUGUUAAGCCUCCUGGACAAACAAAUGGCUCUGAGUCCGUUCUGCAGACUCUGCCACGCUUGACAGACGCUCCCAAGGACAAGGACAUCUUCGUAGCGGCGCCAAGGGCGACAUCUCGCCAUGAAAAAUUCGGAGAAGCUUUUGGUUCAACAGCAAAAUCGUAUGGGCAGUCACCAGACUGGACACCCAAGGCCCGCGCCCGCGCUCGUGAGGUCUUCGACCGGGCUUCUACAGCGAUGCUCAGUCCUGAGCGAAAACAAAAGCUAUUGGCUUCCGCGGGGGAGUUGAAGCUCCUUACCGGAGGUCCGUCCACAACCUACAAGCCCGAAGAUGUCCAUCCCAUUAUCGCUCAAGCUCUUCAGUGGUGCCGGCCGUUGCGGCAAACUUAUGCCCAGCGAGCCUCGAGCAUUGUCCUUGGCACCCCUGAAUCCUCUCUUAGCUCAAUUGUGGAUGCAGUUGAUUCAUUGACACGUUUGCUGAUUGCCAGUCUUGCUGAAGAUCAGUACGGCAAAGUGCAAGCUGAUGUCCCGUCAGUGGUCAACCUAUUUACCAAGACCAUUAUGACCCUCGAUGCCUUUGUGCACCAGGGUGGUCUUGACGCACACUGGACAGAUGUCUACUUCCCUCCCUCCAGUCAGCCUGAGGCACAGGCGGAGGCACGGAAGGUGCCUGAUCUGGAGCUGGUGCUUGAUACCCUCAAGAGCGGACUCUCUGACCUUUUGGGAGCCUUCAAGCCCUACCUGCGGGACAUUGGUGUCACUGGCAAAGACCUCCGCCUGGCGAAGGAAGCAGCUGGUGUCGAGGAUGAGGACUCUAUAUGA